AUUAAAUAAUGUAAAUUAAAACUUAAAUUAAUAAUAAUAAGAUUUAUAUGAUAGUUAAUAUAAAGUUAAUGGAAUGAAAUCUUUUUUCAUAAGAAUACUAAAUAUAUUUAAGACUCCUAAAAAAAAUAAAGAGUUAGAUGAAUGGAAAGAUAUAUAAACAAAUUUGAAUAAAUAAAAUAAUCCUUAAAAUUAAUAAAAUCUUGAUAAUAAUAACGAUUAAAAUAAUAUGUUAUAAGAACUAAAUAAUUAAAUUACUAGACUUAAAAAUGAUAAUAUAUUAAUUGGAAAUAAUAUAGGUUUAUAAAACUAACAGCUAGAUAUAGUUGAUUAUAAAUAAGAUAAAGUAUAAAAGUCUAUGGAAAAGAUAAAUAAAGAUCUUAAAAAACUAUUUAUUAUUUUUAAUAAUUCUAUUGUUCCUAUAUUGUUUUAUGUAUAAUUGUUACCUGAAAAUCUAAUUUUACCUAUAUGCGUUAGUGAUGAUAUUGAUGUUAAAAGAACUUACAGCCUAUUUUCUUAAAAUUACUAAAUCUGUACUUCUUUAGAAGAGUUUGAAGCAGAAGAUAAUAUAGUUAAUAUUUCUUUAGAAAGUUCACAUUGUUCUUAAAAUGAAGAAAAUUUGAAUUUGAAAUCUUAAAUUUCAGAAGGAAAAUGUUUAAUUAUUUAAAAUAAUACUUUGAUGAAUUAAAAUGAAGAACUUUAUAAAUAAAUAAAAAUCGAAAAAGAUAAAUAUUAAGUUCUUUACGAUUUUGUAGAUAUUUAAAAUAAAACAAUUGAAGAUUAACAUAAAAGAAACGAACAAUUACAUGUAAAAUUAACUGAUGCAAAUAUUUUAAAUGGUAACUAUGAAUUAUUAAUUGAAAGUCUUUACUAGAAAAUUUUACCUGAACUAGUUUUAUUUGUUAGAAAAUAGCAUAAUAGACUUAAAUUUAAUAUUUAAGCUCUUAAUAAUUCAGUUUAAUAAGAAGAAUUAUAUUGUAUAUUGUAAAAUUGUGGGAUAAAUAUUUGA